UUUCUAGCAGGAUUGGGACAAUCGUAUUUAUGUCGGGAGUGAAUGGCACCAAUGAAGAAAGGAGAUAAGUUCUCAGCAGCUCAGCCACCUUCCCACCCACUUCCUCCUCAAGCCAGGAGCCUCCCGCCGCAGCCCCUUUCCUCUGUCACUCCAGACAGCUGGCAGACCGCUGGCCCCCACCUGAUCAGGCCAGCGCUGGGCUCCAGGCUGCACAGGGUGAAAAGCUCCCAGUGCGCUGGGGAAAGGGGCCCUGGCAGCAAACAGCAAACCGUCACUGUCCCUGUGUUGGCACCUGCUGGAGGAGGACAGUCAGUGACCCACACUGGUCUCCCCAUUGUGGUCUCCCUGGCCAACAGGGCUGUCUCCUUCAGCUGCAGAAUCACCUACCCAUACACCCCAGAAUUCAAAGACUUCACAGUCCACUACUUUCACCAAAAUCUCUCUGGCCAGAGGAGCCCUGAGGAGCAGGCAAGCUGCAGACCUGGCUUGGGCACAGAGAACCAGACCUCCACCUUGGAGUGCCAUGUCACCCUCAGGCUGCAGAGCUCAUCAGCCACUGGCACCUACUACUGCUCUGUCCGCUGGCCACGCUUCACAGUGAAAGGCAAUGGCACCUUCAUCCUGGUCAGAGACACGGGGUACCGAGAGCCCCCCCAUGACCCCCAGAAGGCCCUGCUCUUUGGCUUCACCGGCCUCCUGACCGUCCUCAGCAUCCUGGGCACAGCUCUGCUGCUCUGGAGAAAGAAACGGAUGCAGGUCCCAGGGAAGCAGCCCAGCAAGCAGUGCCCGGAUCCCAGAUCUGCCGGCGGCCCCACGCAGCCCCCAGCUGAGUCCGUCUACACGGCCCUGCAGCGCCGAGAGACCGAGGUCUACGCGUGCCUUGAGAGCGAGGAUGGCAGCCCGCCCGCCGCCCGAAGUCCGCCCUCCCAGGAGAAACGGUGUAGACUUGAGGACGACAGUGAAUUGAACCUGGUCUAUGAAAACCUCUAGGAUGGCUCCGCUCCCCGAGGACCUACUCCUGGAUCAGAGGCCGGCCAGUCCCUCCCUCCGAAGGACUUGAUCUGACCCAGGAGUAAGGCCCCAGGGGCACCCCAUCCCUCACCCUGGCAUUCAAGGCCCUUCCUGCCCCAUUCAAGGACCUCGGCCAGCCGCACUCCCCCGACCUGUGCUCCGGCCACCGAGUGUUUUCCAUCUUUGGCCUUUGCCCAGGCUGUUCCCUCCGUCCUGUGGAACCCUCCUCUCCUGGCCCAGCCGGCAAUGUGCUACUCAGUCUCCCAGGGCUCUCUUGGACGCCACCCAUUCCCGGAGCCCUCAGCACCCCCUCACGCCCCACAGAGGGGUGCAUGCGACUUCCUCGGUGCCAGCCUGUGCCAAGAAAGGCCCCUGUCUGGUGGAGUGGAGAGCGGAGAAUGACUGCUCAGCUGGGCCAAAGGCAUGAGGCAGCCACCAGCGGGGAGCACGGGGUGGCAUGGGAGGCAUGGGGUGUGGGCAAGGAGGAUGAACCUCGCAGAGGGUGGGACGAGGCUUAGGGACAGAUCUGGAGGCCGAGGAUGUGGCUGGUGGUGGUUGGCAGGCUAGGCACCAGCAGCAGGGAGGGUCCGGGUGCAUGCGGGUGAGGAGGGGACCUGUGUGUUUGGGGCAGGGCAGCGGGACGGGGGCCAAAAAGGAGCCGAGCAAACGGCUCGGCCCCCAUGGGCCUGGCCUCUAUGCUCGCUGUGCCCCUGCUCCUGGCCUUUUGCUCCCUGGGCCUUCCCCACGGGGCCUCAGCUGCCCUUCCUUCCGCCCCAAGGCCCAGGCCCCCAAAGUCCCCUCGUCUGGCCUAUCCCGACACCACCACCUGUGGCCCCUCCAGUCCUCCUCUGUCUCUAUCUGCCUUAGGCCCCAUCCCUGGCCCCCUGUGGACUGAAGCCCCAGGGCCCCGCGGCCACCUCUCUCCAGUGUCCAGCUAUGUCGCUUGGUGCUCACGGGCAGAGGGUGGGUCCCCGCAUGUGGGCCCCCCAUGGAGGGUGGCUCCUCAGCGCCUGGCCCUGAGCCAUUUCUGCUGCUCUUAGCACCCACCCGCCCUCAUUCCCCCUCAUGGGGCAGCCCCGCAGUGUCACUGGAAACCCAUUCCCAGGCAGCAGGGGUCAGUGUGGUCCAGCUCUCUGCUCUGCUCCCCCCUCCCCUGCAUCCUGCCCUGGGCUUUCCCACUGUUGGUUCAUUUGUGAAUUAGGCAGGUGAAUCCCCUCUCCCCACCUCCUGGGCUGCCCCAGAGGUCCCUCUGCUAGGGGGGACCAGGCGUCCCUGGGCCCACAGGACGGCCAGUGGCCUUCCGGCUUGGUUCUGAGCCCGGCCUUCAAGCACGCAGCAAGGAGGGCUCUUAGUGAGAUUGCCAGGCUGUGGUGAGGCCCAGCCUUCCAGGAAGCUGGGUUUUAAUGAACUCCAUGCUGCUCAGGAAGGCGAAACUGCUGUGCACAGCUGCUCCCCAGCUCCCGACUCCAGCAGCCUUAGGUGGGGGCCAGGGCUGGGGCGAGGGGCACAGUGCAGUGGGCCUCCCCUGGGGAAGGCGAAGGCAGCAAGCCCAAGAGGGGCCACCUCCCAAGGCCUUCUGGCCCUCUCUGCCUUCAGCCCCUGGACCCUAGACCCUCUGCUGGGACUCAGCCUUUUCCAGGAGUAGUGAGGGGGCCUGAUGGGGACUUCGCUGCCAUGCCCUGACCCGGGCCCCAGCGUCUCUGCACGGAGCAGCUGAGGGAUCCGGACAAGACCACCCAAUACCUUGCAUGGUUCCCACCACACUUGGAAUAAAGUUGCAGCUCCUCCU